AUGUGGCCCUUCGUAAGCCACACUCUCUUCCCAGCCCCCACGGAGGCCUGGCUUCACACGGUGUCCUCAGACCCUGAGGCCCAGGGGUGGGGGGCCUGGAGCAGGACCCCUCUGGAGCCAAGGGGUGGGGACGGAAAGGAGGAGAAGAAUGGGGUAGCUGAGGAAGAUGGUGAUGAAGACACAAGCUUCUUACUAUCCCUGUUGGUGCCAGAGAACUUGGCCAUGUCCCCAGUACCUGACUCGGAGCUGAAGGCCAUUAGGCUGAAGCUAUGGGCCAUGGAACAGGCCGAGGGGCUGCUGGGGCUGCCCAGUGGUCAGAGAGAAGCCAGGAAGAAGGGCACUGGGGCCAGGCAGCUACUGAGUCCUGAGACCACAGGCUGCCCCUUCCCCGGGAGCCCCAAGGAGAACGCGGAGGCCGACCACAGAUCCAUCUUCGUGGGCAACGUGGACUAUGGGGGCACAGCCAAGGAAUUGAAGGCCUACUUCAACCACUGUGGGGAGAUUCACCGUGUCACUAUCCUGUGUGACAAGUUCUCCGGACACCCCAAGGGCUAUGCCUACAUAGAGUUUGCCUCCCAGAGCUCUGCCCAGGCUGCUGUGGAGCUGGACAAGAGUGUCUUCCGCGGACGGAUCAUCAAGGUGCUGCCCAAAAGGACCAACUUCCCAGGAAUCAGCUCCACAGACCGUGGGGGCCUGAGGUUUUAUCCAGGCCCCAGGGCCACGACCCUCCCUCCCAGCAGCCUCCAGGACAGGCCCUGGAUCAGAGCACGUGGGCGUGGGCAUAACCAGUAAGAUGGGCUCUGUGGGGGGGGGGGCACUGGGGACAUGAGGGGCCCCGAGCCUGGCUCUGUUGUGGACUCAGGGCUGUAGCAGUUCUCUGUACUCCAUG